AGGAGGCACUGGCGGCGGUUUCAUUCAGGAAAGAAUGAAGAAAGAUAGAGAGAGAAAAGAAGAAAAAGAAGAAAGAGAAGAAAGAGUCGAAAGAAAAGAAGAAAUAGGAGUAAUAAUUACAUCGGCGUUCUCAUGCACGGAGGUUCUUGCUAUUCGAUGCGUAGGGGAUGUCGUAUUCACAGGUAUGGGACCCAACCUCUAUGUGUUCAGGAAUUGCACAUUGUUCGAGAAAAUAAAUUGUCUGGGUUCGAGUAAUAUACAUGGCAUUGAAGCAGGAGCAAAUAAUAAGUUAGCCGUAUUUGGCGCAAGAUCUAUGUGCAUUUGCAAACGUGUUGAAAGAGUGGACAAAAUAAU